AAUAAAAACAGCAAUAAAAUUUGGUCAGAUGCCUGCCACUGGUAGUAAUGCAAGAAUUUAUUGCAGCAGCUCAACAAACCCACCACCUCUUCUCACCUCUCUCUCUCCUUUUCUCUUUCUCUCUUCCUCACACUUUCGUUAAAUUCAACAAGAAAUCUUAUCACAAACAUCACUAUAACUCCCAUCUCCUGCUGCCCCCUUCUUCUUUCUUUUGUCAUAACCAGCAGGCUUGAUUAGUUCUUGAAACCCUUGCCGUUCUUUCGUUUCGGUCACACAAUGUCAAUGGAAUUCAUAGUAAAAGUUGAAGAAUCAAGACCUGCAAGUGAUGGGAAACCAUCAGCAGGGCCUGUUUACAGGUCCAUUUAUGCCAAAGAUGGCCUCAUGGAUUUGCCUGCAGGACUAGAGUCUCCUUGGCAGUUCUUUAGUGAUUCUGCUCUCAAGAACCCUGGAAACAAAAUGCUAGGCAGGCGGCAAGUCAUUGAUUCCAAGCAGGUGGGUCCUUAUGUGUGGUUGACAUACAAAGAGGUUUAUGAUUCUGCCAUGAGGAUGGGUUCCGCAAUGAGGAGACGCGGUGUCAAUCCUGGAGACCGUUGCGGUAUAUAUGGUUCCAACUGCCCAGAAUGGAUCAUUGCUAUGGAGGCUUGCGACAGCCAGGCCAUAACAUACGUACCACUCUAUGACACUCUUGGGCCUAAUGCUGUGGAGUUCAUCAUCAAUCAUGCUGAAGUUUCAAUCGCCUUUGUCCAAGAGAACAAGCUCUCUUCUAUUCUAUCUUGCCUUCCAAAGUGCUCUUCAAAUUUAAAAACUAUUGUCAGCUUUGGAAAAAUUUCUGACAUGCAAAAGAAGGAAGCUGAUGAACUAGGGGUAUCUUGCUUUUCAUGGGAAGAAUUUCCUCAGUUGGGGAGUUUGGAUUGUGAAUUGCCUCCAAAACAGAAGACUGAUGUCUGCACAAUAAUGUACACUAGUGGAACAACAGGAGAACCAAAAGGUGUCAUCCUAACCAACGGGGCUCUCAUGGCAGAAGUAUUGUCUGUGGACCAGCUACUUUUUCUGACAGACCGAGUGGCUGCAGAAGAAGAUUCAUACUUCUCUUUCCUACCCUUGGCCCAUGUAUACGAUCAAGUAAUCGAGACCUAUUGCAUCUACAAAGGUGCCUCAAUAGGAUUUUGGCGAGGGGAUGUAAGAUACUUGAUGGAGGACGUCCAAGAACUGAAGCCAAGUAUAUUUUGUGGGGUUCCUAGAGUUUAUGACCGCAUAUAUACUGGAACACUUGCUAAAGUUUCGGCUGGAGGUGGAUUAAAGAAGAAGUUAUUUGAUUUUGCCUAUAACUACAAGUUGGGUUAUCUAGAGAAGGGAUUUCCACAAGAGAAAGCAGCACCCCUCCUGGACAGGCUUGUCUUCGAUAAGACAAAGCAAGCACUAGGGGGGAGAGUGCGUAUCUUGUUAUCUGGUGCUGCUCCUUUGCCUAAGCAUGUAGAGGAGUUUUUGAGGGUCACGUCCUGUUCUACUUUAUCACAGGGAUAUGGUCUCACUGAAAGUUGCGGGGGCUGUUUCACAUCCAUAGGCAAUGUGUAUCCCAUGGUGGGAACUGUUGGAGUGCCCAUGACAACCAUUGAAUCAAGACUCGAGUCUGUGCCAGAGAUGGGAUAUGAUGCGUUAUCCAGUGUUCCAAGGGGAGAGAUUUGCCUGAGGGGAAGUACAUUGUUCUCUGGUUACCACAAGCGAGAAGAUCUAACUAAUGAAGUUGUCGUUGAUGGAUGGUUUCAUACAGGUGACAUUGGAGAAUGGCAACCGAAUGGAGCAAUGAAGAUUAUUGACAGGAAAAAGAACAUAUUUAAGCUAUCUCAAGGUGAAUACGUUGCGGUAGAGAACCUUGAAAAUGUCUACCUGCGAUGCCCUCUUAUAACAUCGAUUUGGGUCUAUGGAAACAGUUUCGAAUCAUUUCUUGUUGCCGUAGUUGUCCCUGACAGACAGGCACUUGAGGAUUGGGCUGCAAACCAUAACGAGACUGAUGAUUUUAAAUCGUUAUGCAAAAACCUGAAGGCAAGGAAAUAUAUACUCGAUGAGCUCAAUAGCAUUGGUAAAACAAACAACCUUAGAGGAUUUGAAAUGUUAAAAGCUGUUCAUUUGGAACCACAUCCAUUUGAUAUGGAGAGGGACCUGAUAACUCCUACAUUUAAGCUCAAGAGGCCACAAUUACUCAAAUGUUACAAGGACUGCAUUGAUCAACUGUACAGUGACGCAAAGGGCUUGAAGGCAUGAGAGCAGUUCAUAAAGUUAGAAGGCAGAGUCAAGCUAUGCAGAGCUGUCUCUGGAAUUUCAAUAAAUAGAUUCCUUCAGUUCCCUUGUUAAUCUUUUUUUCUUGAGAACCUUAAGAAGAGGAAAAACUUGUGAAAGGUUUUCAGUACCUGUACGUUUAUGAUAAUUUAUUGUCAAUGUUCGUAUAUAAAUAAGAUUGCUUGAAGAUUUUCAAGUAGAAAAUUUAUUAGGCUA